AUGGACGCGAUACCGCACUGGUUUCAAGGCACGAGUCUCAAUUUUGCCGAAAACAUUCUCUUCUCAGCAUCACCUACGAAUGCGUCAAUCCGCUCUAAAGUCCAUAAAGAAGAUACAAAGAUCGCUUUGACCGAGAUUCGUGAGGGCAAUACAGAAGUGCGGCAUCUGUCAUGGGGUGAGCUGCGCCGACGUGUCGGUCUCCUUGCCAAUGCCUUCCGUGCCAAAGGCCUCAAGAAGGGGGACCGAGUUGCAAUAGUCGCAAGUACAAGUUUCGACACGUUCAUCUGCUUCAUGGCUAUCACUAGCAUAGGCGGGCUUUUCAGCUCUAGCAGUACGGAUAUGGGCACAAAAGGCAUUCUCGAGCGCUUACUCCAGAUCAAGCCCGCGUACGUCUUCGUUGAUGAUUGGGCCGUCUAUAACGGCAAGACGAUAGACCUGAGACCGAAGAUCAAGGAAAUAGUUGAAGUCAUGCAAAGUGAGCCUGGCUUUCAAGGUAUUGUUACACAACCUAGAUUCCCAGGAAAGCCGGCGAGCGUUGAGGGACUGACGAAAACCGUCACUUUGGACCAUCUUCUGGACGCUGCGAACGGAGAGGAAAAGCUGGAAUUCGAGAGAGUUGCUUUUAGAGACCCUUUUCUAAUUGUGUAUUCGAGUGGCACGACGGGAGUACCAAAAUGCAUAGUGCAUUCGGUUGGUGGAGUUCUCAUGAGUAUCACGAAAGAAAGCCUUCUACACAGGGAGCUGGGACCAGAAAGUGUCAUGUUGCAGUACACGACGGUAUGUUAUUGCAUCCCCUGCUUUAGGCUUGUAAAGGCUGACAUGAAAAGACCGGCUGGAUAA